UGUUCUUUCUGAGGCCACAGAUGUGCUGCAGCUCGUUUGCAGACCUGUGGGUGAUUGGUACAGUGGAUUCAAAAACAGAAGUGUAAGCUUUUGGUCGAAUUUUCUCUUCAUAGCCAUCAAUGUCUGAAGAAGUUACUUAUGCAGAUCUAAAAUUCCAGGACUCCAGUAAGACAGAAAAUAUCCAGGAGUUUGACAAAUUUGGGAUAAAAGCACCUCCUGCUCCUUCCCAGGCAUGGCGUCAAAGGGCGUUGGCUCUGGCUUUUCUGUGCCUUCUGCUGCUGAUCGGACUGGGAGUCUCAGGAAGCAUGUUUUACAUAACUUUGAAGACAGAAAUGGGAAAAUUGAAUAAACUACAAAAUUUUAAAGAAGAACUUCAGAGAAAUAUUUCUCUACAACUGAUGCAUAACAUGAAUUGUUCUGAGACGAACAGGAACCUCUCUAUCACACUGCAGGAAAUAGCCACCAAAUUAUGUCGUGAGCUAUACGAAAAAGAACGAGAGCACAAAUGUAAACCUUGUCCAAAGCAAUGGAUGUGGCACGAGGACAGCUGCUACGGACUACUCAGCGAUUACGAACCAUGGCAAAGGAGUAAAAUGAUAUGUUCUUCUCACAAUGCCAGCCUGUUGAAGAUUAAGAACAAAGGUGUAUUGGUAAGGCCCCAUGGAUCUCUGCCCAUGAGGAAGGAAGUCACUUCUCCCAUCACAGAACAGAAAGGAGUGAGGCAUGUAAGGAAGAUCCAUAUUAAUCCAGACAUGGUUCUGGCUCUUUAGUUGGGGUAUGAGGUGACUGAGACUUAGUGCCUUAUUUCAGGGUAGCAUAGCCAAGGUCAGUCAUGUGAAACCUUAGCUUAGGACCUUAGCAUCAGUGGAAUCUCAGGCUGAUGGGCAGAUGGGUAGAUAUGGGGCACCCAGAAUCUUUAAGUCUGUGGGCAUUUCCAAACUGGAACUUUAGGAUUAACUCUCAGAACAUGAUUUCUGAUCAUUUAUGUAAAAACAGAAUAUCUGGAAAUUAUUCCUAAGGGUUACCAUAAAAUCUACAUAGGAGGAGAUUCUUUGUUU